CCAUCCAGUGGUAAAUGUCAACGCAGUUGCAUUUGAGGUGUGGGAGGAUCAUUGAGGUGUGAGUUAAGCGGCCCGCCAGGCGCUCGACUUGUUUGAAGGUACUGCUGUUCCUCGGCAAAUUCAUGGCGUUUCUCCCUGUUCUCGACGAUGCCCAUCCUGGAGCUCAAGGACGAUAUGUCGUCCAAAGUGACCGAAGGAUUCUGCCCUCUCUUCCGCACAAACAUGGUGUCGUCCACCCAGCGGAAUGCAUUCAACAGGGGGAACCUCGCCAUCACCACCGCCUUCCAAGCGUCCGCUACUUGGCCAAAGCUUCCACAGCCUGCGACACCGCCGAAGGUUAUGCGUUUAUCAAUCAGGAUUUGGUUAUCAAACUACAACCAAGAAACCUGGCGACUGCGUUGAAGUCGUCCCAGGUGGUUUCGAAGUCGUUUUUGUCGACAUCUGCGUUCACCGAGCAAACGUAUGGGUCCCUCUUGGGAAAUGAUAGGUCGUUUAUCGGCCGAGUGGAGCCAUUUCCAUUCACGACUGCCCCCAGCGGGCUAGUC